CUGUCGCGAUGGCGUGGUGGCGGCGAUCCACCAAUCUGUUGCUGGUGGUCUGCCUGGCCUUGGGCGCCAUUUGCCUGUACCUACUCUCGGCACACGUCGAUAUGCAGUCCGAGGUGCGGGUUGCGCGCAAGAGCCAAGUGACCGCCUGGCGGGAACACGACAACCUCAAGCGCGAGCUGCAACGGCGCGACAAAGCCGCUCAGGCCCAAGCGGAAAAGCUCAGCCAGGUGGCCGAGCUGGAGAGCAAGUUGGCUUUGCAGACGCAAGAAAUUUUGCGCUUGGAGACUGAGCUCAAGCACCAGAGAGGCAGGGCCGAGGAAGCUGCCCGACAGGUGGACGAGGUCAAGGCACACCACGACAAACAGGAGCAACAGCGCUUGGAGGAGCAGUCCGAGAUUAGCCCCAUCCGCUGCCGUGAGCUCUCCUCUGAAGUAGAGCAGGGCGAGUCACAACGCGUCGCGGCAGAAGAGUCGUUCAACGAAGAAAUCAACCUUCGUGGCCAGCGCAUCAGCGACCUGGAGCACGAGCUCAGCGUUCUGCAGCACCACGGCGCCGGUGACGAGGACCAAGGGGCCUUGAUCGUCGGCCUCGAGGCAGAUCUCAGCCGUGCACAUGAGGAUUCGGAUGUCCUUCGCAAUUCCCUGAAGGCUGAGCACGACAAGGUCGAGAGCAUCGAGGAUUAUAAUGCUGACCUCAAGGAACAUCUGGCACGGGCUAUGGACAAGUUCAAUUCCCUCGAGGACAAGUUACUCAAGGGCAACGUGAAUGAGGAGCUGAUUGUGGGACAUCGACUCCGGUGUAGCCUCAAGCCGGAGGACAUGGGAGUAGAAGGCACCCGCAUCAUCAGGCGGCAGCUUGUAGGCCGUGAUGAAAUGUAAUCAACCUUCCCUAGCC